AUGGUACAAGUAAAAGUCAAUGAUAAAAUUCCUGAAGAUUUGCACUUCGGAAUACUAAACAAUAACGAAGAAGAACCCAAGAAAAUAGUUUCUAGCGAAAUCUUUAAGGGCAAGAAAGUUGUAUUGUUUGGAAUUCCCGGAGCCUUCACAUCCGUAUGCAGUUCUAAACACCUUCCACAAUUUGUUGAAAAUUAUGACAAAUUUAAGGCCAAAGGCAUUGACACUAUCGCUUGUACUGCUGUUAACGAUCCUUAUGUUUUGCGUGAAUGGGCUAACGCUCAUAAUGUUGACUCUAAAGUCUUGAUGCUUAGCGAUGGAGAAAUGUCAUUUCACUGUGCAUUAGGUCUUACACAACGUUUACCAUUCGCUGGCGAACGUGGUUUACGUUUUUCGAUGUUUGUUGAUGAUAGAGUUAUUAAAAUUUUAAACGUUGAAGAACCAG